GGGUGGGGGUCAGGAUCACCGCCGGGUCGGGGCGGGGCGGGCCGGGCCGGGGCACAAGGCAGGUCGUCCUGUUGAAGCAAGGGCUGCUGAUCAACAACAUGGGAGCUUAACCCAGCGCAGCCGACACAUCAUUGACAGCAGUAUGGGUUUCAGAAACAAAUGUCCUCCAAAGUCUUGUGACACAUUCGUGGCUUUGCCUCCAGCAACAAUCGAUAAUCUGAUCAUUUUUGGAAAAAACUCAGACAGGCCUUCGGAUGAAGUCCAGGAAGUUGUUUUCUUCUCUGCAGCAACUUAUCAACCAGGAGAUAAGGUGGAGUGCACGUAUCUAACGAUUGAUCAGGCUGAAAAGACACAUGCUGUUGUUCUUAGUCGUCCUUCCUGGUUAUGGGGAGCUGAAAUGGGUUCUAAUGAACAUGGCGUAUGCAUCGGCAAUGAGGCAGUCUGGGGAAAAGAAGAAGAAGAUAGCAAAGAAGCCCUACUGGGAAUGGAUUUAGUAAGACUUGGGCUGGAACGGUCUGAAACAGCAGAGAAGGCAGUCGAUGUUCUCACCAAUCUGCUGGAGAAGUACGGACAGGGUGGAAAUUGCAUGGAAGAUAAAGUUACAUUUACAUAUUACAACAGCUUUCUGAUUGCUGACAGGAAAGAAGCAUGGAUAUUAGAGACUAUUGGUAAAUACUGGGCAGCAGAAAAAGUUGCAGAAGGGGUACGGAAUAUUUCCAAUCAGCUUUCCAUAACAACAAAGAUCAAUAAGGAACACCCAGACCUGAGAAGUUAUGCAAAAGAACGAGGCUGGUGGGAUGGAAAAACAGAGUUCAAUUUCACUGCUGCGUAUUCCUAUCAGGACCCUUCUAAUGAAUUGGAUAAUCGAUAUUGUGCUGGCCUCCAGCUUCUGAAUAAGCAUAAAGGACAUAUUAGUGUUGAAACCAUGAUGGAAAUUCUCCGGGACAAAGAAAGUGAUAUUAACAUGGAAGGUGGCUUCACGACUACAGGAAGCAUGGCUUCCAUUCUUCCAAUGGACACCAGUCUCCAUUGCAUUCAUUUCUUAACAGCUACUCCCUAUCCUGAGAGGUCAGUUUUCAAACCGUUUAUCUUUGUUCAAAAUAUGAGGCAGUUUUUACAGACAAGUUCACCUUCAUUUGGUCCUGAUGAUCCAGUGAAAAAGACCCCGCGGUUCCAAAGUAAACCGGACAGAAGACAUGUACUCUACAAGAAGCAUGAAGUGGCGGCUGAGUACAUGGGCUCAAAAAGGACUAAAGGGUCUAAGAUGCUCCAAGGAAUAAAAGAACUGGAGAAGAAGCAACUUGAAACUGCAGAGGAUGUCCUACAGAAUGGAAUACCAGAUACAACACAAGUUGUUCACAUCUUCCCCGAUUGUGUAGCUGCGGAAAUAGCAAUUUAUGAUGUGUGAUUAGCCAAUCCUGUUGCAUAUUUCUGGUUUGAAUAUACUUGUUGGCACGAAAAUGUGAUAAAUAAUGAAGAACCUACCAUAUAAAUUAUCAAAUUAUGCAAUAAUAUCCAAUAAUUUGUUACACAAAGGAUAAAAAUAAAACAAUUUGUAUAUUUCCCAGUA